AUGGCCAAAGACAAGUCCUCUACAACUGAAGAUAACUACGAUGCUAGGCUCUCCGCCGUAUUGCCGUUUGCUCAGCCGCUCGCAUCCAAGAAACUCAACAAGAAGGUUCUGAAGACCGUCAAGAAAGCCUCUAAGGCCAAGAAUGUCAAAAGAGGUGUUAAAGAGGUCGUCAAGGCUCUCAGAAAAGGUGAGAAAGGUUUGGUGGUGGUUGCCGGUGACAUUUCUCCUCCGGACGUGAUCUCUCAUAUCCCUGUGCUGUGUGAAGACCAAUCUGUUCCAUACGUUUUUGUCCCAUCCAAACAGGACUUGGGCUCUGCUGGUGCCACCAAGCGCCCUACUUCGGUGGUGUUUGUGGUACCAGGCAGCAGUAAGAAGAAGGACGGUAAAGCCAAGGAGGAAGAAUACAGGGAAGCAUUUGACGAUGUCGUUAAGGAAGUCAAAUCUUUGUAA